AUGCUAAGUGAUUCAUAAGUUAUAGCCAGCAAAUUAUAAUGAUGAUUAAUCAAAACAAUAAAUGAAAUAUUUUAGAUUGAUAAUAUACAUAAAAUUGAAAAUGAAAUCUUGAGAAUAAAAACUGGACAUCUAAUAAAAUUCGAUGAAUUUGAUGAUGAUAAAAUUGAUUAAGAGGUUUUGGUUUACAUAGAUAAAAAAGUGAUUAAUGAAUAUAUUGUAAGAUUAAUCAAUAAUGAUCUUAGAUGAAACUUAAAUAUGAAAUUUAUUAUAAUGUUGAAUGA